AUGCCUUCCGACGUCAAGCAACAGGAUAUCACCGAGAAGAAUGACCCUAGUGUCAUGAGACAGUGGGAUGAACCUGACUUCUCCACCAAGUUCGAGGAGUUUUACAAGAUUGUAGAUGGCCUCAAGAUUGGUCUUCUAGGCACAUACCGUCCCGGAGUCGGACCCGUAACUCGCUCAAUGGCCCUAGCAAAGCGUACAGGCCCCGACUUCCUCUUCCUCGCAAACGCGCACUCCCAAAAAUUCAAAGACAUUGAAGCAAACAAGGAAGUCAACAUCUCCUUUCAAGACACAAAGAGUCAGGAUUGGAUUUCCGUGACUGGAACCGCUACCACUGCUUCAAACAGUGAUCCUAGAAUCAAGGAGGUUUGGAGUAGAGGUGCUGCUGCUUGGUUUGGAGAUCUUGGUGAUGGUGUACAUAAUGGUACUGCAGAGGAUCCAAGGAUGAGUUUGAUCGAGGUCAAGUCUAAGUAUAUUUCGUACUACAAGACUACUGUUGGUGCGAUUGGCUAUCUCAAGGAGGUGGUUGCUGCUAAUGUUACUGGUGGUGUUGCAAACACUGGAAACUUGAGACAGAUGAAGGAGGAUGAGAUUAGCAAGGCCAGAAGCCAGCACUCUACCAUGAGCUCGUAA